CGCAGCGUACGUUGUUGCGUUUCAAGUCGUGAUGCAAAUUAUUGGCAGUGUUUAAGUUGUGUUUUAGUAUUUUAUUUUACAUCUGGUCCAUGCGAUGCUUUCCUUUUUCCGUAAGAAACCCUCAGAAGAGUUGACCAACGCGUCAACGUCGAGCUCGAAAGCUUAUCCGAUCGCCGGAGUAGAUGGAGCGGUUCCUCGCGGACCGACGUUGCAAGAGUUGGGCUAUCGAAGUACAGACGAUUUGAGAGAAACCAUCUACGACUUCCUGCGGACAAUUCGUGACCCGGAAAAACCCAACACCUUGGAGGAUCUGCAUGUAGUUUACGAGGAGGGAAUAUUCGUGAAGGAGCCGACACCAGGCAACGCAAACGUCGUGCGUGUCGAGUUCAAUCCAACGGUUCCACACUGUUCUCUAGCUACGUUGAUCGGGCUUUGCAUAAGAGUGAAAAUUGAACGAAACAUUAACCACAACCUGAAGCUGGAUAUAUACAUCAAGAAAGGUGCCCAUGCUACGGAAGACGAAAUUAACAAACAGAUCAAUGAUAAGGAACGAAUAGCAGCGGCUAUGGAGAAUCCAAACCUAAAACAGUUGGUUGAGAACUGCAUCAAAGAUGAGGAUUGAAAGACUGAGCUCUAGGGGUGGUGCAAAUAAUAUCUUGUUACGUUGGGAAAUAGAACGAAGGAUGUGCUGUUAGCAAUGGAUGGUAAUCGUCUGUUGGUAAA